AUGACCAUAGAGGUUAUGAUUGUUGCGGUUAAGAGAAGUAUGGAUGCUUUGGGCGCAUUGUUCUUUUUCAUGGUGACGAGUGUGGUGCUAUUUUCAACUCUGUUAUAUUUUGCUGAACGCGGCACGUGGGAUCAACAGAGGAAUAUGUUUGUGGAUAGCAGGGGGCACCCGAGUAUCCCCUCGGCCUUCUGGUUUGUCAUGGUUACUAUUACGACGACCGGUUAUGGGGACAUGGUUCCGACGACAUUUGUCGGAAAAUUAAUAGCCUUCCCCGCCAUGAUGUGUGGAAUACUGCUUAUCGCAUUGCCGUCUAUUAUCGUUGGAAGAAACUUCACUUUGGUUUGGGAGGCGAUGCGACAGUACCGUCGAAUGAACUCGAACACAAGGGAACAGAUCAGUAAUGAUGAUACGAGCGGUGAAGAAGGUCCAGACUUCCGAAUAAGUUUCGAGAGCACUACUUCUUAUGCGCCUCAAGCUUCUCGCGGAUAUUCUUCUACGAAUGACGAUUUGGCUGCCAGUCAAGACGCAUUGCUGGAACAGAUGCUCAAACUGAUGAAAAUCUCUCAGCAGAACCAGGCUGCUCUGGAAAAAAUUCAAGAAGCACUGGAACAAAACGGCAUCAAACUCAGCACUACCCCCGACAAAAUAAUAAUACCCGAGAGGAGCGCCGCAUAUGAAACUUCCUGA